AUGUCUAGAAUACGUCCACUGCUUACAGUCCAGCCAUGCAGAGGACUUGUUGAUGAAAAGUUUCAAAUUAGUGUAAAAUAUUUACCUCCAAAACAAGAGGUUACUCUGCAUUCCCUACUUCAGUCUGAAGAUAACAAUUACUGGGAAGCCUUUGGAUACUAUGUCAGUGAUGCAAAAGGAGCAGUCAAAGUUGCAGAGGAUGCCAGUGUGGGAGGUACUUACGAGGGCAUUGAGGCCAUGGGUUUACUGUGGAGCAUGAGACCAGAACCAGGGAGCAAACCAGGACUCAGGUUGAGAAAGGAGAAUGUUGAGAGUCCAGUUGUGGUCCAGAUCUCUGUUUACAAGGGUCACCUCAGUCAGGGGUUCAGGAAGCAGGUGGCCUUAGCUUGUUCCACAGUUGAACGCUGGUACAUGGCCCCGGGUGUCCAGAGAGUCGAUGUCACAGAUCCCGAGGUCCGUGGGACCCUCUUCCUGCCUCCAGGUCCUGGACCCUUUCCAGCAGUUCUGGACAUCUGGGGAGGUAGUGGAGGGCUGGUGGAAUAUCGCUCUGCCCUCUUGGCAUCACAUGGCUUUGCUUCCAUGACACUGGAGUACAUGCCUUAUGAAGGAAGAAAGAGUGAUGUUAAUAUGGCCUAUUUUGAGAAAGCCUUCGGAUUUUUGCAAGAGCACUUCCUUGUGGAUAGCAAAAGUGUGGCGUUACUUGGUUUGUCCUUUGGGUGCAAUGUGUGUUUAUCCAUGGCUGUGUAUUCCGAAGUUGUACAGCCGAAGUGUUGUGUGUGUAUCAGUGGAACCCAUCUCUACCCUGUGAAGUCAUCCACUUUAUCUGUUCUUAAAGAACUAGAGAAACAAACGCACAAAAUUCAUGUUGAUGAGAAGAAUCGUACAAUCAUGAAAGGCAUUCUGUUACCAGUACCAACGGAUCCUAAUUUAAAAACAGAGGUUGGGAAGAUAAAGUGUCCAUUGCUUUUCAUUAUUGGGCUGGAUGAUGAGAACUGGCCUGUGGCAGAAUCUAUGGAGGACAUGCAGAAGAUGAUGGAGGAAGCUGGAAACAGCCACCUGCUGACUGCACUCUCCUACCCUGGAGCCGGUCACCUGAUUGAGAUACCGUACACCCCACACUGUCGUACCAGCAGAUAUAUUUCACCGCAACACGGGAAAAAAAUGACCUUACUGUGGGGAGGUCGCACUAAACCACAUGCGGAUGCACAGGAGCACUCCUGGGGGGAAAUCAUAGAGUUUCUGCAAAAGCAUCUUUAUUCUGGAAUGGAUCCAGAGCCAUUGUCCAGGAUGUAA